CGCUCCUCCGCUCACAUCCGCCCGACUCGCUAUUUGUGUUGAGGGGGGGGAGAAAAAAAAAAAGAAAGGACUUGGUUAAACUGCAACGAUGUCAGUCCAGGUUGUGGCAGCGAAAAUGGCAGAGGUCGAACUCAAAGACGUCCCCACCGGCAAAGACUUACCGGCUGGCUCCCCUGUGGAGACACCGACCUCGGAGGGCAAGUCCCUCUCCAGAGGCGACCCACAAAAGGCCGGUUCCUCCGACGCCGCGUCCCCGACAGCGGAGCCCUCCGCGAAAGCCGCAGAAGGCAGCCUGGGUUCGCUCACCCCGAACCCCGCGAAGAUGCCUCAGGCGUCGGCUAUGAAGCGGACUGACCCUCAGCAGAACGGCGGGGAGGCUUUCGUCAACCGGGACGGCACCGUGGCUGAGGCCCCGCGGAUGAAAAAGAUCCAGUUUGCGGACCAGAAACAGGAGUUCAACAAACGUCCGUCCAAGAUCGGCCGGCGCUCCCUGUCCCGCUCCAUCUCCCAGUCGUCCACAGACAGCUACAGCUCAGCGGCUUCAUACACGGACAGCUCUGACGAUGAGACGUCUCCUCGGGACAAACAGCAGAAGAACUCCAAGGGAACCGGCGACUUCUGCAUCAAGAACAUCAAACAGGCCGACUUUGGCCGCAGAGAGAUCGAGAUCGCAGAGCAAGAGAUGCCCGCUCUGAUGGCUCUGAGGAAGCGAGCCCAGGGGGAGAAACCCCUCGCCGGUGCCAAGGUGGUGGGCUGCACCCACAUCACCGCCCAGACUGCUGUGCUGAUGGAGACUCUGUCAGCUCUGGGGGCUCAGUGCCGAUGGGCAGCCUGCAACAUCUACUCCACCCAGAAUGAGGUGGCCGCUGCCCUGGCAGAGGGAGGUUUCAGCGUGUUUGCGUGGAAGGGCGAGUCAGAGGACGACUUUUGGUGGUGCAUUGAUCGCUGUGUCAACGUGGAAGGCUGGCAACCCAACAUGAUCUUGGACGACGGUGGAGAUCUGACUCACUGGAUUUAUAAAAAAUACCCCAACAUGUUCAAGAAGAUCAAGGGCAUUGUAGAGGAGAGUGUGACCGGCGUGCACAGGUUGUACCAGCUUUCCAAAGCUGGGAAGCUUUGUGUUCCAGCCAUGAAUGUCAACGACUCCGUGACCAAGCAGAAGUUUGACAACCUUUACUGCUGCAGGGAGUCCAUCCUAGACGGCCUGAAGAGGACCACUGAUGUCAUGUUUGGAGGCAAACAGGUGGUGGUGUGUGGAUACGGAGAGGUGGGAAAAGGCUGCUGCGCCGCCCUCAAAGCGAUGGGCUCCAUCGUCUACGUGACGGAGAUCGACCCCAUCUGUGCCCUGCAGGCCUGCAUGGACGGCUUCAGGCUGGUGAAACUGAACGAAGUCAUCAGACAGGUGGACAUUGUCAUCACCUGCACAGGCAAUAAGAACGUGGUGGUCAGGGAGUACCUCGACCGCAUGAAGAAUGGCUGCAUCGUCUGCAACAUGGGACACUCCAACACUGAGAUCGAUGUGGCGAGCCUGAGGACUCCUGAGCUGACCUGGGAGAGGGUGCGCUCACAGGUGGACCACGUCAUCUGGCCCGAUGGCAAGAGGAUAGUGCUGCUGGCUGAGGGUCGCCUGCUGAACCUCAGCUGUUCCACUGUGCCCACAUUUGUGCUUUCCAUCACCGCCACCACCCAGGCGCUGGCUCUGAUAGAGCUGUACAACGCCCCAGAGGGACGCUACAAACAGGACGUUUACCUGCUCCCCAAGAAGAUGGACGAGUAUGUGGCCAGCCUCCACCUCCCCACGUUCGACGCACACCUCACAGAGCUGAGUGACGAGCAGGCCAAGUACCUGGGCCUGAACAAGAACGGGCCCUUCAAGCCAAACUACUACAGGUAUUAAAACCGGUGUCUGACUGAAAAGAAAAUGCAAAUACUCCAUGGGAUGCCACCGACUCGUUGAAGGAGAGGAGGAGGAGGAGAAGAGAAGGAAGGACGGAUGGGCGGAACGGUCGACACACAUGCUUUAAAUUUCUUUUUUUGGGGGGUCAGGGGUCACACAGUCUGAGAUGGAGGAGAAGGGGCGUGGCGUUUCGUGCGCUUAAGGCAGCCGUUUUAAUUUAUUCUAACUUAACAAUAAUUAUAACAUUAACUGUGACUUGGAGGACCUUCUCCUGCCAUUGGCCGUUAGCUAGUUCCCGGACGUCUUUUCUCCUUGAAGAUGUUUUACUUCCGCUCUUCCACCUCAACAUUUCACCACCACCAUCGUCUCUUUUCUCCUUUUGUCGCUCAUUUGUGUGUCGAGUUGUUCCUCCAAUCCUCCCUUGCCAUUUUCAGAUUUUUUUAUUGUUUUAAUUAAAGAUGAAAUUAUUGAUGCUGAGAAGAUAUAUACUAUAUUAAAAAGAGGUCCGUGUGAAUGAACAUGGCCGUUUGAGAUUUCGUGACGGAUACUUUUUCAUGUCGUUUAUUGUUGUCGUUUUUUUUUGUUGUUUUUUUUUACUACCUGUGAUUUGUUUUUUCUCUUGUGUAAUAUUGCGAGGUUGGGGUUAGACCUAGUGGGUGGGAUUAGGCGGGAUCUCAGGGUCCAAUCAUAUCGUGUCUUUUAUUUGAUCGUUUUUGUUGAGAUUCUCUGUUGUGUUUGUUAAACAUUUUUCUAUGUCCCUUCGGAUCAGCCUGUAGUUUGUCAACAUUUUGUUUGCAGUGCAACUGGACAGUGGUUGACCAUCCCACCGGUCCCUCAAAGCCAAAGUGAAACCAUCUCAUUGGCUUCCAUCUUACUGCUUCAUGGCUUGCAUCUGAGCCAUUGUUGAAGUAAUAAGUAUUUCAGCUAACCACUUCAUUUAGUCUUUCUUUACUAAGGAAUAACUUCUAUAUUCGAAGCAUGACAGGUUGUCAGAUCAUUACAAGCGGUAUGCUGUAUAUUUAGAUGUUUAUAUUGAAAUUAAAAUGUUUCUAUCUUCUCUCCUGCAUCAUCUAAUAUAAUUACUUUGAACAAAAAAAAAAAUCAACAUAAGCAAUCAAUAUUCUAAUAGUAAGUGUAAUAGAUUUACUCAAGCCCUCACUUUGAAUACUGUGACAGAAAAUAUUUACAGAGAUACCAAAUGAGCAGCAAGUUGCGACCUGGCCAGUAGAUGUCUUCAAUCGGGUCCUCUUUGAAAAGUAUGGGGCUGUUAAGACUUUGUGUCUUUACCACACAAACCAAAACUGGUACUCACGGGAAGAAGUCAAGGGGUUCAAUUUCAAAAAUAUAAUCUGGGAUCUGAAUGCCACAGUGAAUCAUGUACUUUUCUUCCGGGAAGCACGUUUACCGCUCACAAACAUUUACCAGUAAAUGGAUUUUCCCUUUUUUUUUUUUGAAGGAUCUCCAAAACUUGGCGUUCUAUUUUUGAUAUAUUUUAUUUUUCUCUCUUCCACCCGAGAGGCUCAGUUUCUACCGGUUUACUGACAUGCACGGCCGUCCCCAUCGGCAGCUCGUCCCCAGCUGACCUGCCGGUGGAAAUUAGGAAGUCCUGACAGUCAUUUCACCUGACAGCCGAGUGCACCCCGCCGCCACGCCGCCUCUGCUCCCGAACCAAUCAGAUUCUCUCUAAUCUUUUAGCCCGCUGGGAGCCGCUGCUAGCUCUGCUUCUACAAAGAAGGAUCAAAUGCUGAAACACGCAAACACACAAAGGCUUUUUAUCGAGUUCUGGAAUGUGCUGCACCUUUUGUAAGGAAAAUGUAUUUGAUCAUAUUGCAGAUUUUGAAAUGGCACAAAAACUUUUACCACGUUUACCAGUUUAAUAAAUACUUUUUCCUACUCAAAAUACAAAUAUGCACAAGUUCUGCAUUCUUUGUUAUGAGUAAGAUCAUUACACAAUAUUUACCUCCAAUCAAAAUCUUUAAAGGAGUGUUUUGACAGUUUGGGAAAUGGUCAUAGUCUUGCUGAGAGUUAAGAAAAUGUACUCUGACUCAUUUUUGUAUGGUAAAUAUUUUGCAGGAGCUAGCGGCUGGUUAGCUUAGCAUAAAGGUAACCGAAUCUAACAACGAGCAGCGCUAAAGUUAUGUUUUUUGUCAAUAAGUGACCUUUUAAAGUGCUCCUGGUAAAUGUGUUACCUUUGGACAGAGCCAGGCUAACUGUCCCCCCAAGACAAUAAGCUGUCUUUUUUUAAAUUGGGCAAAAGAAAUUGAAACCUAAAAAAUAAAAUAUACAGGUUUAAGGUGCAUAGGAACACAAACAUAGCAUAUUGCCACCAUGUAAUGACCAGAUCAAACACUGUGUCACAGCCCACACAACCACAAUAUCUCUUUCUCCUUGUGCUGUCAAGAACCCCCCCCCCCUCCCACUUCAAGCAGGGUGCCCUGUUGUUCGGUGGAGCUUUCAAACGGUUGUCAAGAGUCUUAUUUUUCUCUUUUGUAAGUGUGAAUGUGUGUCAUAAAGAUCGUUCCCUCUUGAGAGAAAGCUGAGGCGAAUCUAGAUGACGUGUGUCUGUAAAUGUCUUUCCGUGUUUGUUCACAUCAUUUUUCAUUGGCCACGGUUGCGUUACUUUUUUAUUUCUAUGUCAGCCGUAAGCUGACCAACAAACUGUUGGGGGGGGGGGGAGACACCAGCAUCAUAUGUGUAUAUGCAUACAUUAUACAGAUAUGACAAACCUUUAAAAGUAUAGGAAGGUAAAAGAAGAAUCCACUCCUGUAUUUAUUGAUGUAAAUCCUCAUUCAGUGCAAAAUUUCCAAAAUGUUUUAAGUUGUCUAAUAAAGAAAAAACUUUAAACAUUGCAAGUGAUUGGUAGAUGAUGAGCAAUAAUUUAAAAACCGUCUGUAAUCUUAAUGAAUAAAGAUUUAAAAAUUGAA